AUGCUGCCACUGUGCUCGCAGCAGACCCUGAACGAGCUGCUGAGUCGCAAGGAGGAGGAGUGGAGGGCGCUGCGGGCCCACCGCGCCCAGCUGCAGGAGGCGGCUCUACAGGACACGCAGAGCCGGCUGCGGGAGGCACAGGGGGAGCUGCGGCGCCUGCAGGAGGACUUUGUCUACAACCUCCAGGUGCUGGAGGAGCGGGACCGUGAGCUGGAGCGCUACGACGCCGCCUUUGCCCAGGCCAGAGGACGGGAGGAGGCCAGGCAGGCCGAGGUGAGCGAGCUCAAGAUAGAGGCGGCCAAGCUGAAGCAGGCACUCGCCAGAGAGGCCAGGCGGGUGGAGGAGCUACAGCAGCAGCAGCAGAUGGUGCUUCAGGAGCACCGCCUGGAGCUGGAGCGCCUGCACAGUGACAGGAACGGCGAGAUUGACCUCCACCGGGAGCAGUAUGAGGAUCUGAAAUGGAGGCUGGAGAGGAAGCUGCAGGAGCUCGACGGGGAGCUUGCUCUACAGAGACAGGAGCUGCUACAGGAGUUCGAAUCCGAGAUGCAGAAGAGGGAGCAUGAGUUCCGCCUGCAGGCUGAUGACAUGAGCAACGUGGUCUUGUCCCACGAGCUCAAGGUUAAAUUGCUGAACAAAGAACUUGAGGCUUUGAAAGAAGCUGGAGCCAAGGCUGCAGAGUGUCUGCAGAGGGCACAGACGGCGAACUCGGAGUUAGAGGGGAAGCUCCAGCGCCAAGCCUGGGAGCUCCGGGACCUGGAGGCCGUGAAGGACGCCCGGAUAAAGGACUUAGAGGGUAAACUUUGCUCUGUGCAGCUAACCAGGAAGAAAGAAGAGGAAACAUUUAAAAGGAAAGGUGCACAUCUGCGCUGUCUGAUGAGACCUAGCAGCAUGGGGCGUGGGGAGCCAGGGCCCCUGCGUAGCCGUACCAUCGGCCUCGAAGAAGCUAAAAAACAGCUCCUCUUUAGAGCUGGAGUGAGCGUGUGGGAACCCCACUCACAUUCACGUGGUUUCCCUCCUUUGUUCAGACUACGUGAAGACGCAUCAGCUCUCAAGGCUGGCUGGGAUGCCCAGAUUGCUCAAAUGUCCAAAGAGGUGAUCGCCAAAGACCUUCAUGUUCAAACGCUGCAGGGACAGGAGGCAAAGCUCAAGGCGCAGUUGGCCAGAUUCCAGCAGGACAUUGAAAGGUACAAGCAGCAGCUAUCUCUGGCCGUCGAAAGGGAACGGAGCCUGGAGCGUGAUCAGGUGCAGCUGGGCCUGGACUGGCAGCGCCGCUGUGAAGACAUCGAGCGGGACCAGAUCCAGAAGUCGGAGGCUUUGAUUCAGGGUCUGACAGCAGCAAGAGAGCAGGUGUGUGCCGUGCGGCAGAGGGAGGGUUAUGUUCUGGCCCUUGAAGCAGAAAUACAAACUCUAAAGCAUAAAUUUAAAACACUGGAAGAACAGCUAGAAGAUGUGUUAGAUCCUCCAAAGACGUCCUCCUCUUACACUGAUACUCAACCCCGUGUCCAACCCUCCGCAGAGACCACCGGUAAGAGCCCUCGGCAUGGGCAGGGUGGCGGGUCACUCUUCUCUACAGGAGGAUCCGUCCAGGCUGGUCAGGUGUGCGUUGGACUGGCACUCAGGAAGCUCAGAGACAGAGUGCAUCUCUUGAACUUGCUGGUGACACGGCUCCGACAGAAGGUGCUGCAGAAACCCCUGGAGCUGGGCUCCAUCCAGUGUGAGCUUCCCCAUGAGGUGGACCAGGUGCAUCUGGAAGUUUUGGAGCUGUGGAAGCAGGUGGCUGAGCUUGGGACGUAUCUUGGGACAGCCCGGCCGGAAGGAGGGGAGCCUUCAAGCAAGAAGCAGCCGCACACCAUGGGCACCACAGCCCUCAGGACAGAGGGCCUUGCAGACGGAGGACCCGCUCAGACCGAGGACCAGGGGGAGUUCUCCAUGCACCUCCGGCCAGGGGCACAGCCCCCACAGGCCUUAUCUGUGCACCGACUGCAGAGGAAACUGAAGGAAGCAACCAGAAAAAUCCUCAGCCUCCGCCUGGAGAAGGAACAGCUCAUUGAGAUGGGGAACAGGCUCCGUGCUGAGCGGGGCCACCCCAAAGGGAAACCUCCCCUUCAUCCGCCUGUCCCCACCCCUGAGACCCAGAGCCCGGGAGAGCUGCCUCAGGUGUCUUCGGAUCACAGCCCACCUUUGGGACAAUUGCAGCCCCGUUUUACAACUCAGGGCCGUGAGAGUGCCAAGAAAGAAUGUUUUUCCGAGCACUUGGGAAGGAGCCCUCCCUGCUCGGCACGGAAGGUCGGCAGGAGCGCUGCAACGCGUGGUGGUGGGGCAGGAGCAGCGGCGCCCGUCCAGAGACAGCACAAAGUCUCCACAGUGACUUGCAAAUCAACCUGUCAGAAAGAAAACAGGUCCCCAAAGCUGCAGAAGGCUCGAGAAUUCCCUGAGGAGGACGGCCACCACACCCAGAGAUCAUCAUUUGCCAGCAGUUCCCUCCAGGACACGUGGAAGCUACUAGACCUGGGAUCCAGCCCUUCUGGCCUCACCUCCCAGGAUGACUCCACUCCAGAGCUCCCAGCACCGGCAGCCGACAGGAGGGCCCCCGCCGAGACACAGGCAGCCUUUGCUGUCGAAGGGAUGAAGAUGCCACCCCAGUCAAAGGCCAAACCUGCCACACCCUCCAGGUCUCAUCUUGCAAGAUCUAAAAGCUGCCCGCAGCCCCCGAAGAUCCGUAACUACAACCUAAAGGACUGACUUCCUUGGCAGCCUCCUACACGGCGGACCCCACGCAGGCUCCCCAUGGGUGCUCGGGCCUGUGCCUAGCGACGCCAGGCGUGUGUGCGCGCCCACGGCCACAGGGUGGGGCGGUGAACUGUAGAGCAGGCUCCCCCGCUGCCCAGAUGGCCUCGCAACUGAAGGCCUCAUGACCAAAGGCCUCGCUGACCAACUGCAGAGCCUAUUAAAACCCAGGUGCUUGGCCAGCA